UCCAGUUAUUGACGAAGUAUUACAUGGCUAAUACAUUCACAGUGAUACCUUGAGGCAUUCUUCGGAUCCACAACCUUAACAAUGUGGAGGAAGAUAUUUUUUUCUUUGCUUGCUGGCUGCUGGCUAGCAGAGUGGAGCUCUGCCCACACCACCAGUAACGAUACGGACAUCCAGAUACUGACCAAUGCUGUGUCCGUGUUCUCUUACGACCUGUAUAGAAGAAUUGGCGUCAAGGCCGUGAAUGUGAUCUACAGUCCGUUGAGCGCCCACACCGUUCUUUCCCUGGCGUAUAUGGGGGCCAAGGGCAACACCGAGCAUCAGAUGAAAAACGUACUUAGGCUCAAGGAUCUACCUUCACCCCAUGAAGCUUUUCAUGCGCUACUACAUAACAUUACUGAAGUACAAGAUGUUGAAGUCUUGGUGGCCAAUGGCAUGUGGUUGAAUCCUAAGCUGAAAUUGAGACCAGAGUAUCAGAGACAAGUUUCAACUUUGUACAAUGCAGCCUCAGAAACUAUAGACUUUAAGUCACUUGGCGGUCCGGAGAGACCUAUCAAUGAAUGGAUCGCUAAUCAAACAAAGAAUCAAAUCACAUCUUUCAUGCUACCAAGUACAAUAUCCCAAGAUAUCCAGAUGAUUUUGAUCAACACUUUAUUCUUUAAUGGAACAUGGGAGUCCCCAUUCGAUGAGUAUUUGACUCAUAAAAACUCCUUUCAACUUUCAUUGGGAAAUAAAAUAGACAUUGAUUUCAUGAGGCAGACUGCUACGUACCAAGUCAAAAUGUCAGCAGUGGAGAAUGUCGACGUCAUCAGAAUGCCUUUCACAAACGAGAGGUUUGCCUUUUACAUAGCACUUCCCAAGUCUUAUUCUGGACUUAGAGACUUCGAAAUGAUGAUUGUUCUACAAGAUUACGAACGAAUCAACGGAUUGUUUACGGACAUGAAGACCGAGCGUGUUGAUCUCAUGUUGCCAAAGUUUAAGAUUACAACGUCACUUAAUUUAAAUAGAGGCUUGAAAAAUUUGGGGAUGACCGACGCCUUUGGCCAGCUGGCAAAUUUCCACGGUAUCUCUGAGAAUCAAUUGUUUUUAUCAGAAGUUAUACAGAAAGCCACAAUAGAAGUCACAGAGAAGGGAACACUGGCAGAUGCCGCUUCAGCUGUCACUCUUUCUAACAGACUAGGAUUGCUUCGGAAACCUUUAAAGUUUAAUGUGGAUCACCCGUUUAUGUUUUUCCUACGCGAUGAUCUCAAUGGCCUGAUUCUGUUCCAAGGAAAGUUCACAAAUCCUACAGUUAAGGAAUCAUCUGAGGAUCGGCGCCGAAAAUAGAAUAGUUUUGUGUUUAUUGAAAAUCAGCAAUAAAUUUCUCCCACUUACCUGUAUUACUUUGUAGACUACACAAAAUAAAUUAAAAUUAUAAAACAAAAAAACAAA